AUGGCUGCCAACGGUUCUACCCGGCUGAUGCGCUGGGCUGUCGGCCUGUUCGCCGGUGCCUACGCCGUCGACGCCUCCAUCUACGACGUCCGUGGUGGUAGCCGCGCCGUCAUCUUCGACCGCUUGUCCGGUGUGCAGGACAAGGUGUCCAACGAGGGCACCCACUUCCUGAUCCCCUGGCUGCAGCGGUCCAUUGUCUACGACGUCCGCACCAAGCCUCGCAACAUCUCCACCACCACCGGCAGUAAGGAUUUGCAGAUGGUCAGCUUGACCCUGCGAGUGCUACACCGUCCGGAUGUCCCGAAGCUGCCGAUUAUCUAUCAGAACUACGGUACCGACUACGACGAGCGAGUCCUCCCCUCCAUCGGCAACGAAGUGCUGAAAUCCAUCGUGGCCCAAUUCGACGCCGCCGAGCUGAUCACCCAGCGUGAGGCCGUCUCGAACCGCAUCCGCACGGACCUGAUGAAGCGCGCCUCGCAGUUCAACAUCGCCCUGGAAGACGUCUCCAUCACCCACAUGACCUUCGGCAAGGAAUUCACGCGAGCCGUCGAGCAGAAGCAGAUCGCCCAGCAGGACGCCGAGCGCGCCCGUUUCAUCGUCGAGCGCGCCGAGCAGGAGCGCCAGGCCAACGUCAUCCGCUCCGAGGGUGAGGCCGAGAGUGCCGAUAUCAUCAGCAAGGCCGUCGCCAAGGCCGGCAACGGCCUCAUCGAGAUCCGUCGCAUCGACGCCAGCAAGGAGAUCGCUCACACCCUGUCGGGUAACCCCAACGUGACGUAUCUGCCGGGUAGUGAGGGCAAGGACGGCGGUAAGAGCACAAGCCUUCUGCUGGGAUUGCGGAGCUAG